UGUCUUAUCUUUUGAAUUCAUUUGCUCCGAGCGGAGUCAUCCCGGCGUUAAGCCAACGCUCUCACACUUCCUCUUGUGCAGAGCAAGAGUAUAUUGUUUCUUGACUUCUAUCCAUUCAUCACAGCAUGCUUCGCCGUGCUAUCUUGCCUUUAACGAGGCCGAGCGGUCUCGUUUCCGCUCCCCGCCUAUCAGCCCUUCCUGUCUCACACUCACGAUGUUACGCGAAAGGUUCCAAGCCUAAGACUCCUUACAAACUCCCCGAAUCUGUUAAGUCCUCGAAGCCUGAGCAACCCGCCAAGCCCUCCCAACAAGAGCAAUAUGCCGCGGAACAGGCAGAGUUUGAGACGACAUCAGAUCCUCAAGCCAACACCGCAAACACCACAUCACAGGCUUCCAGCUCUCCGGAAUCUUCCCCUUCACAAUCCGAACAAGAUGCGCCCCAGAGACCGCUCCCCGAUCUUACACAGGGUAUCCCUUCCACCCUCGCCGCGGAACUGGAGGCUCGCUCGAAGAAAAGUGGCUCCGGAACAUUGAACUUGACCGAAGAUCCCUCGCGGUUUGAAGAAGAUUACAGCGAUGAUGGCCGUGGUGAUAUCCCCAAGGGUGGUUACGAAUCGUCUCUUGACCGCAAACGAGCCCGCAUGGCCAAAUUGAUGUAUGCACUGUUCUUGCUUGGAAGUGUCGGUGGUAUGGCUUAUCUCGGGCGAAACUGGGAUACCGUUGAGGAGGAAAAUGCCCAUCCUGAUGUCCCAUCCGGCUGGAGUUUUGGACUUUGGUAUAAUCGCAUCAAGGCUCGAAUGGGCGACUUUACAAGCUAUUACAAAGACCCUGCUUUCCCGAAACUGCUUCCCGACGAAGAUCCAAACCUUCGCCAACCUUAUACAUUAGUCCUGAGUCUGGAAGAUUUGCUUGUCCACAGCGAAUGGAGCCGUGAACAUGGAUGGCGUGUGGCCAAACGACCUGGAGUCGACUACUUCCUUCGCUAUCUCAACCAGUACUACGAACUCGUCCUCUUUACCAGCGUGCCUAGCAUGAUGGCCGAUCAGGUGCUCCGCAAGCUUGACCCUUACCGCAUCAUCCGUUGGCCCUUGUUCAGGGAAGCCACCAGGUACAAGGAUGGAGAAUACAUCAAGGAUCUUUCUUACCUCAACCGUGACCUUUCCAAGGUCAUCUUGAUCGACACCAAGGAGGAGCACGCCCGUCUGCAGCCUGAGAAUGCUAUCAUUCUCGACAAGUGGAAUGGAAACCCCAAGGAUAAAACCCUUGUCGCGCUGAUUCCCUUCCUUGAAUACCUCGCAGGUAUGGGUGUGGAUGAUGUGCGCACCGUCCUCAAGUCUUUCGAAGGUCAAUCAAUCCCAAUCGAAUUUGCCAAGCGCGAGAAAGCCAUGCGCGAGCGAUUCGAGAAGGAACUUGCUGAGGAGCAGAAGAAACGCCCAAGGAGCGGCAUGGGUAGCCUGGCCUCAGCGCUUGGUCUGAAGUCGUCUGCACGCACCCUAGAUGGCGAACAGUUACCCUCUGCUGGUUUGCAGGAGGGCAAGAUGCUCUGGGACCAGAUCCGUGAGCGUGGUCAGAAGAACUACGAGCUGAUUGAGAAGGAGAUCCGAGAGAACGGAGAGAAGUGGCUGGCCGAAAUGGCUGCCGAGGAGGAGAAACUCCGACAGGAGCAGAUGGAAAGCAUGAAGGGUUCGUUGACCGGCUUCUUCGGCGGUGGCAAGAAAGAGUAAAUCAACCUUGCCUCUUGACGAAAGCUUAUAACAUCUCUAUUGCUAUCUUUUUGAAAGCAGGGACGUGUACAUCUUGCUCGCUAGAAGCCUUCUUCUUUCUCUCCUCUCUGGUCUUAAUGCGCGCUCAGGAUGCUUCUGUGGUUUCUUUUCUCAGGUGGUGGUGUAUUAAAUAGAGGGCUUUUUUUUCUUGGCUACUGACUACUUGAGCAUCAUGGGUGACUGUAAAAUAGCAUGUUGAUGUUAAUCUAAUGUUGUAUAAAUUGAACAUUAUCUCUACUA